ACUCGUUCAAUUUCUGACACAAGAGGAACGAAAUGGAUCUGAAAUGUUAUCAAUAACGAGUGAUUUUUUAUUUGUUUUUUUGUAUUGAUAACUGCUACUGAAGUGGUUCAGUGUAUGCGUGUGCCUUCUCAUCCAAAUAGCAAUUGUUUAUAGCUAUAAAAUGGAAGGUCGCAAUCAUAGCAGCGACUCUUUGGCUUCCAACUCAUCCAACUCCAAAAUCGGACGAGAUUCUGCCUCAUCAAGCAGAGGAUCAGCUGUCAAAAGUCUGUCAAGCUCCACUUCAGCUUCUAAUGAAUACUUUCCUGAUUUUGACUCCAAAGUCACCAUCAAAGAGCCAUCAAUUGUUGACAGCCCGACUCCUUUGCUGACAGGGGAAAAAAUCCAAGGAGCUGCCAGAGAUGUGACCUACUUGUGUCCUUUCACCAAACACUGGUCCAGUGAGGGAACCCCCAUUCAUUCUUGACGUUCCUUUGGGUGU